UACAAGCAUAGGAGUGCAUUGUAACUGGAGCUAUCCAUUAAAGAUCCUGGCACCUCUAGUAUUGAAGAAUGCAAACAUUUCCACUCCUGUGACUGGUUUGUGUGCUAAGGUGAGGCUCCUGUUGGGCCCAUUUCAAAGCUAACUAUAUACACUACAGUAUUGUAAGCUACACUACUAGGUAAAGAAUGCAAACAUUGCCACUCCUGAAAUUAGUGAUCAUUAAGAAAUCAUACCAUCAUCUAUCAUCAUGCAAGUUGAUUAUACAAGCAUAGGAGUGGUAAGGAGUGGUGGUAACUGCAAUUAGUGAACAUACAUACAGUAUUGUAACUGGGUCUAUCCAUCAAACGUCCUGGACUGGUUUCUGUAUACUUGUUUGAUGCUAUCAAUGAACACAGCCCUGGCACCACCAUGCAGCUAGUAUACACACUGGACUAUCAUCUCAUUAUUAAACUCAAUGUUUUAUUUACAUACUAUUCAGUUUCUAUAAAAGUGGUGGACAGUAGGAGCUGAAUUCAUCAUACGCACUAGCUGUGAAAGAACUAUCUGUUUAUAAUGGGAUCACUAACUCAAGUUAUACUAGUUAUACUGAGUACAUGUUAUACAAAUGGUCUUUCUCUUAAUGACCUUUACCCAUAUGGCACAGAACAUGGGGACACCAUGAGUACUAGAUAUAUUGGUCUCAGUGAGAAAUCAAUACAGCCUCCAAUUGAUAAUUUCGUUAGGUUUGGUCAAGCUGGAUUUACACUACAAUAUUAUUCAGUUAGAAGCAGGGGAUCCAUUGACUUUCGACAUGAGUUUACUGCUUAUAUCAGAUUGCAUUUGCUCAAAACUAGAGGUGCUUAUUCCUAUAAUAAAAUAUAUGGUAGGACUACUGCUGAUUCAGGAUUAAUAAAGAGAGCUAUGGAUCAGAUUAAUGAAGGAUUUCCUAAUACUUUCUGCAGUACAUCUCCUCCUACACAAUUAAUAAUAGCAACUUGGAUAGAUUAUGAAAAAGAUGACUCAAACCCAGGCAGUAACUUCCAGGCAAUAAUUGUUACUAAUGGAAGCAUUACAUUUGGUAUUGCACUCUAUGUUGAUGUACACGUUACAUCAGCUGAUGAGACUGGAUUAUCUUCAAACAUUAAUUCAAAUUCUGUACCAGCUGAUCCUUCUUUCUUUCCAUUUGGUACCACUGUUACCAAAGCUCCCACUAUGAUGCUUAAUAGCAACAUACCAGGGACAUAUAUAUUUUCACUGAAUGAUAUACCACCAGAUACUUGCAGUUCUGCCUGCUUUUCUUGUAAGUCCAGACUUUUUGAGCUGGUAUGUGAGAUUAGGAGGAUAAAUGGAGAAGAUGUACCAACUUCUUGUAACAACUAACAUUCCAUUUUAUUCUGUUUUGUUUCUGUUUUUUGCUGAUUAUUAGUGUUUUUCUAUUAGGGAUAAAGUCAAUUUUGUUUUCGCAUAGAUAUUAAUAUUUUUUUCAUCAAUUAUUUUCAAUUAUUAUUAUUAUUUUGUGACAAAUAAACUAAUGUCAGACAAGGAAAGGAAGGGAAAGGGAGAAGGUGUCAUAAAGAGAUUGUAACAGCUUUUGAUUAUAAAAUCAACUAAGAGACAGUACAACAGGUACUAGAUCCAUAUAAAAAGUUGAAACAGAUAAGCUGUAUUACUAUACCGUA